AUGAAUGGGGUGGAAACUGUUGACAAUGGAGAGGAGGCGAGCAAUCGAUGUCUCCAGAGAGUCACUUACAGUGAAAUGCUCAUAGGAGGUCAAGCAGGACAAGAGGAGGAGCAAGACGAAGUGUUCGAUGAUAAAUGUCCAGACGCUGUUGAAGGAACAGAGAGAUGCCCGGUUAUCAAGCUGUCGAAAGAGGAGAAAAAGGCAUUACACCGUCCAUUGAAACUAGCCUUGAUCAUCAAAGUGCUAGGUAGAAAAGUCGGCUACAACUACCUACUGAGUAGAAUCAAAGCUCUAUGGCGACCAAAGUCAAGGAUGGAUUUAGUGGCUCUUGAAAAUGAAUAUUUUGUUGUGAGGUUUGGCUCCAUUGACGACUAUAAUUACGCUAAACUUGGAAGUCCUUGGAUGGUGAUGGACCACUACUUGAUUGUAAAGGAAUGGGUCCCUAAUUUUGACCCGUUGCAAGACAAAACGGAAAAGGUUUUAGUUUGGGUCUGGUUCCCGUCUCUUCCAAUGGAGUAUUACAAUUUUAGCUUUCUGAACAAGGUUGGUAAAGAAAUAGGGAAACCCAUUAAAAUUGAUGAGUCCACCGGUUUAGUGUCAAGAGGUAAAUUCGCAAGGAUGUGUGUGGAAGUGGAUAUCACCAAACCACUACUCUCAAAAUUCAGUCUCAAGGAAAAUGUUAGGUGA